AUGUUAUUCCAAAACCGAUUCUUAAUGAUGGCAUUGUUCAUGGCGCAACUAGUCAUUAACCCAAUCCACACAUUACCCUCUAGUCAACCGGCUUCUAGUGGAUUGGGCGACAAUGCCCCGGGCCCUGCCUAUGGUCCAGCAAAAGGAAAACUCAGAGAGGAGGACACCCAUCGAGGCGAUGCCACAUACUACUCUCCUGGAUUAGGCUCAUGUGGGCAACAGAGCGGUAACCAGGAUCUCAUUGUAGCGGUUUCACACUCUCUGUAUGACAGCUAUGAAGGAGGAAAUCAGGAUGGCAAUUCUCUCUGCGGAAAAAGCAUCCGGGCAUCCUAUGGUCCUAAUUCCAUAGUUGUAAGCGUUGUUGACCGCUGUGAAGGCUGCAGUACCAAUGAUUUGGAUCUCUCGCCGGCCGCUUUCCGAAGAUUGAGCCCACUCAACACUGGAAGGCUACAUGGAAUCCGAUGGACCUUUGCUUAA